UGGUCUUUGUAUGCCUUGCUGUGGAUAUAUAGCCCUCUCUCGACCUUUAUCUGUUGGUGAUCAGGAACUCGUCCCGGGGCAGCAGAAACUCCCAGCCUCAACACGGAGGCAGACACCGACUUGUCGCUUUCAUCCUAACACCCGAGCAUCAACGCUCGACAGGCUGGCACGUGGCUGCUGCUCGACCAUGGCAGACCCGGUUGUGCUCCCGUAUGUUCCCAGCACCUCCAUCUUCAAGAAUGACAUAUUCAAGGGAAAAGUCGCCUUUGUGACGGGCGGAGGAAGUGGAAUCUGCCAGACGAUGACACUCAACCUGAUGCAGCACGGCUGCAGCGCAGCUAUCGUCGGCCGCAAAGCGGACCGCUUGCAAGCAUCCGCUGACUGGCUCCAGAAGCAAGCAGGCAACGGCACAAAGUGUAUUGCAACGCCCGCCGACGUCCGCACACCCACUGACCUGAACGAGGCUGUCAGAAAGACGGUAGAAGCGUUUGGCCGCAUCGACUUUGUCAUCUGCGGUGCCGCCGGCAACUUCCUUGCUCCCAUGGAUGGUCUGUCGGAAAACGCGUUCCGGACGGUGAUCGAAAUCGACCUGCUCGGCACAUACAACACCUUCAAGGCGACUAUCGACGAGCUCAAGAAGAGCCACGGCGCGUACAUCCAUAUCUCCGCGACGCUCCACUACAAUGGCCUUCCGUGGCAGGCAGCGGCGAGCGCCGCCAAGGCCGGCAUCGAUGCGCUCAACCAGUCGAUCGCAGUGGAGUACGGUCCAUUUGGCGUGCGCUCCAACGUCAUCGCGCCUGGCCUGAUCGCCGACACAGAAGGCGCGGACCGCUUGACUCCCAAGGGCGCGGAAGACUUUAUGAGUAUGCGCAUCCCCCUCCAGCGAUCAGGCCAGAAGGGAGAUAUCGGCAACAUGGCAAUCUUCCUCUUCUCUGAUGCCGCUAGCUACAUCUCUGGCUCGAGGUUCAUCGUCGACGGUGCCAACUGGCACAACGGCGGUUUCUGGCUCCCGUACCCUGAUUCGCAACUCGACCCAAAGAGUAUCAAGGAUCUUAUUUCAGGCAGCAAGCUCUGAAUACUGGCGAAGAAGCUCAAUUCUGGUCAUACCCCGUAUCUUAUGAUAUGCAUGUAUUUCGGUGCCCUCGAAGCGGAAAAAGAAGCUAGAUGGAUCCGAAGGAAAAAUGUUUGCAUCGCCCGAUUACGAU